AUGGCUUCAGUUGAAGGCGAAGAACAUGAAAAACAAACUUCCCCAGAGAAGAUAAAAGUUUCAUUGCCGCCGGUCUGGAAGAAGGCCUCCUGGACCAGCCGAUCAAGAAAAGGUUGUAUGAAGGGAAAAGGCGGACCGGACAACGCAAACUGCCUCUACAGAGGUGUGAGACAGAGGACAUGGGGGAAAUGGGUUGCUGAGAUUCGUGAACCAAAUCGUGGGGCUCGUCUUUGGCUAGGUACUUUCAAAACCUCUGUCGAGGCCGCCGUCGCAUACGACGGUGCUGCUUUGAAGCUUUAUGGUAUGUCAGCUAAACUUAACUUGCCUGAGAUGGAUGUCAUCUCUCAAGUUCAGCAGCCACCGGUUCCUCCGGUGGUGGUGGAGGAGGAGAAAAGGUCGGUUAAUGAUGAUGUCUGGUCAUCUUUUUCUGAGGAGUGGCCGGAGAUGAUGACAGGAGGCGGUUUGUAUUGGAAGGAAGAUGUUGGGAUGUCGGCUGUUGGAGAGAUUAAUAAGGAUGAUAAGAAUACAACAGGAAAUGAUCAGUUUGUUGAUUUGGAUUUGCAGAUUCCUUGGGAAUUCUAA